AUGGCGCAGACGAUUGAGACGCCGUCAUCCACGGAGGACCUGACGCAGCGGCUACCCGUCGACCUGCUCUCCGACGUGCUGCGCCGCCUCCGGACGACGUCGCCGCCCAGCAUUGCCGUGUCCCGGUGCGUCUGCAAAGCGUGGCGUGACGUCGUCGACACCCGCCGGUUGCUCGUGGACCUCCUGCCGCGCUCUCUGAGCGGCAUAUUCGUCCAUCUCAGCGGCGACACGCGUGAACUGCUCACACAAUACUUCUCGCCCGCCAUGUCAUCCACCAGCAUCGCGGCCGCAUUCGACUACCUGGACGCCGAGUGCUCGACGAUCAAGCAGCACUGCAACGGCCUCCUCCUGAUCGACAACGAAUGGCCACGAGGCCGACGGGCUAUCAAGGAGAAGGCGUGGGUGCUUAACCCCGCCACGCGAAGGUGGGAGCGCCUGCCCCCUCCCCCGCCCAUGUGCACCCCUGGCAUGGAGGACGUCUUCGAUUAUUACAUUGAAAAAGUCAUGCACUGCCAUAACCAGUACCUCGUGUUUGAUCCCGCCGUAUCGCCGCACUACGAGGUCUUUUUAGUUAAGCGUGUUCCCUCCCUCCCCUGGCCUAGCCAUGAGUAUUACAUGGAGGCUCAUGUGGCAGAAAGAGAAUGGCCGCCAUCGACGUUCGUCUUGCCUGUCCUCUCGUCGAGGACAAAGCAGUGGGAAGAGAGGCCUUUUAUUCGCCAAGGGGAAGCUGCGGCGACCAUCGGCUAUAUGUUUGAUGAUUUCCAAUGCCCACGAUGCUAUGCUGCAUACUGGCGAGGGGCACUCUACGUUCACCAGAAUGGUUUCAUUCUGAGGUAUUUUGUCAUGGGUCUCACAUCCUAA